UCUUUCAAUUUCCAAAAAAGUUUUAACAAUCUCCCGUCGGCUAAUUAUCCACAACCCACACUCACACUAUUCAUUAAUCUCAUCCACUGCUAAAAACUUCUCCUCGCAAGCUUCUAUAUUAGCUAUGGUUGCAGAGGUUUUGCAGCCGGUGCAGAACGGCGUCGUUCUUAAUAGCGGAGAUCCGUUAUCAGCAAACCCUAUCAACAACAACAACGGCACCGUCAAAAAAUCUCGUGAAAGCGAACGACGCCGUCGAAGGCGCAAGCAAAAGAAGAACAAGAAAGCUUCCGUAACAGAAAGCGGUAACGACAGUGACAACGAUGAAGGUAUUGCCGCCUCUGCAGCCGCCAAUGGUGGUUAUGCUAAUGAGAAUUCUGAUCCUCAGAAGAUUAUGGAGCAAGUAGAAAUUGAGUAUGUUCCGGAAAAGGCAGAGUUGGAUGAUGGGAUCGAUGAGGAAUAUUUGAAGAUAUUUGAGAGAUUUAAUUUUCAUGAAGCUACUGCUACUGAGGAUAAUGAUGCAAAAGACGAAUUGGCCAAAAAGGCCGAGUCAAAGAAAAAACUGGACUCUGAUGAUGACUCAGAAGAGGAAGAACAAGAUAAUCAGCAGAAGGAGAAAGGAGGCAUAUCAAACAAGAAGAAGAAGCUUUUGCGGCGAAUGAAGAUUGCAGAGCUCAAACAGAUAUGCUCUAGGCCUGAUGUUGUUGAGGUGUGGGAUGCAACUGCAGCAGACCCAAAGUUACUCGUGUAUCUGAAAUCAUAUAGAAAUUCUGUUCCUGUGCCGAGGCAUUGGUGCCAAAAAAGAAAAUUUUUGCAGGGAAAGCGUGGUAUUGAGAAACAACCGUUUCAGCUUCCUGAUUUCAUUGCAGCAACGGGCAUAGAGAAAAUUAGACAGGCUUACAUUGAAAAAGAGGAUAGUAAGAAGUUGAAGCAGAAGCAACGUGAGCGUAUGCAACCUAAGAUGGGGAAAAUGGAUAUUGAUUAUCAGGUGCUUCAUGAUGCAUUUUUUAAGUACCAAACGAAGCCCAAACUUACUACUCACGGUGAUCUAUACCAUGAAGGGAAAGAAUUUGAGGUAAAGCUUAGGGAGAUGAAGCCAGGUUCUUUUUCACAAGAGCUAAAAGAAGCUCUCGGCAUGCCAGAGGGUGCUCCUCCUCCCUGGCUUAUUAAUAUGCAGAGGUAUGGUCCUCCACCAUCUUAUCCACACCUGAAAAUUCCCGGACUAAAUGCUCCUAUUCCACCUGGAGCUAGCUUUGGUUAUCAUCCUGGUGGCUGGGGAAAGCCUCCUGUUGAUGAAUAUGGGCGCCCAGUGUAUGGAGAUGUUUUUGGUGUUCAUCAGCAAGAUCAGCCCAACUAUGAGGAAGAGCCAGUUGAUAAGACCAAGCAUUGGGGUGACUUGGAGGAAGAAGAGGAGGAAGAAGAAGAGGAAGAGGAAGAAGCAAUUGAUGAGGAAGAACUGGAGGAUGGCAUUCAAUCUGUCGAUAGCCUCUCAAGCACACCAACUGGUGUUGAAACACCUGAAGUUAUCGACCUUCGUAAGCAGCAGAGGAAGGAACCCGAUAGACCUCUUUACCAAGUUCUUGAAGAAAAACCGGAGACAAUUGGUGCAGGGACUUUGCUUGGAACAACUCACACGUAUGUGGUUGGCACUGGUGCUCAAGAUAAGUCCGCAGCUAAGAGGGUUGAUCUUCUUCGAGGCCAGAAGACGGAUAGAGUUGAUGUUACUUUACUACCGGAAGAAUUGGAUGCCAUGGAUGAAGUUCUGCCUGGGAAGUAUGAAGAAGCACGAGAAGAGGAGAAAUUGCGGAGCCAGCGCGAGGAUUUCAGUGACAUGGUUGCAGAGAACGAGAAAAAACGAAAGCGGAAGAUGCAAGACAAGGAAGGAAAAUCUAAGAAGAAGGAUUUCAAAUUUUAAGGCGGUAAUGUCUGGCUCAUUGAAAGCAGGCUUCAUCAUGAUUGGAGAAUUUAGUCGUGCUGGUAGCGCAUGUAUUAUUAGAUGUCGGCAUUUGUCUACUUGUGUCAUAGCUUAUGAUGUAUGAUUUUUGUUCGAUAUAUAGUAUGAAGUUCUUGCAAUUUCACUAAUUUUUCAGCUUCAGUGGAAUGUUUUUGCUAUGAAAUAUGAAUUACAUCA